UCCGGUCCGUCCACUUAAUGUGUUCGCCUCCGACGCGGCUCACGUUUUAAUUGACUGUAUGUGGCGUCUGUGUGCGAAAGCGUCUACGUUAAUUAAAAACACAUUUUCAGUAGAAAUAAACACAGCAAGAAGUUUUUCAGGACUUCUUCGCCCAGAAGCGUCGUGCUGUUGUUUUCACGCAGUAACCGACACUCGUUUAGGACCACGAUAUAUGUCAAGUGAAGCGAAGAGACUGCGCUCAGAUAAUAUGACGGUCAAAAAAAUCGGAACUCACAAUGGCACUUUUCACUGCGACGAAGUUUUAGCCUGUUUCUUCCUACGGCAGUUGCCCGAGUACAAGGAUGCAGAGAUCAUUCGGACCAGAGAUGCAGCACAGCUGGCGGAGUGUGACGUUGUUGUAGAUGUGGGAGGAGAGUUUGACCCAAAGAAGCAUCGUUAUGAUCAUCAUCAAAGGACAUUUACGGAGAGCUUCCACAGCCUGUGUCCACAGAAGCCCUGGGUAACCAAGCUCAGCUCAGCUGGACUGGUCUACCUGCACUUUGGUCAUCAGCUGCUGGCUCAGCUGACGCAGCUGAAGGAGAACGAAAGGCAGCUGGAAGUGCUUUAUGAUAAGCUUUACGAGAACUUCGUGGAGGAGGUGGAUGCUAUUGAUAAUGGCAUCUCGCAGUACGACGGAGAAUCUCGCUACGCUAUUUCCAGCACUCUGAGUGCACGUGUCUCCCACCUGAACCCACGGUGGAACAGCAAGAGCCAGGACACUGAGGAAGGAUUCCAGAAAGCUAUGAAAAUGGUUGGUGAGGAGUUCAUGGACCGCCUGGAUUUUUACCAGUCCUCGUGGCUGCCUGCUCGUGCAGUGGUGGAGGAGGCUGUUAAACAGAGACACCAGGUGGAUCCCAGUGGCGAGAUCGUCUUGUUUUCCCUGGGCGGGUGUCCGUGGAAGGAGCACCUGUUUGCCCUGGAGAAAGAGCUCCAGGUGGAGUCGCCCAUCAAGUUUGUCCUUUACUCCGACCAGAAUGGACAGUGGAGGGUCCAGUGUGUUCCUGCAGGACUCAACACCUUUCAGAACAGGCUGUCCUUGCUCGAGGAGUGGCGCGGGGUCCGAGAUGAAGCCCUGUCAGAGCUCAGCGGGAUUAAGGGUUGCGUUUUCGUCCACGCCGGAGGAUUUAUUGGCGGCAACAAGACCCAGGAAGGAGCCCUGGAAAUGGCACGGAGAACCCUGCAGGCCGCCGCACCUGCCCCUGCCCCUGCGAAUGGAAGCAGCUGAGUGGACAGCCAGCGGCACAUCCUGUGUCCUCCUGGGCUGUCUUUAGAGAGGAUAACAAGGAUUUAAAUGUUAUUUCACCAGGUUGCGGCUUGUUUGUUCCAGACAGGAAUAAUUAUAGUUUUUUUUUGUUCUGUUCUGUAGAGAGAUCAUGUCACACCGGUGUCAAAACACUUGGGGUUUUUUUUUCUCAUCCAUUUACACCUGACAUUCAAUCGGUUUGCAAUAAAAAUGCAUUUUAAUAGUAGCUUUUCAUAUCUUA